GACAGUACCUGGCCCAAGGGAGGCUAUGGAAGUGCUUGUUGAAUAAAAAAAUGGCUUCAUCUCUGGCCUAGUCCCAAAGGUUUGAGUUCCUGCCAUUGCCACCCAGACAGCCCUGGGUGGAGGCCCUGCUGACAUUGAAGGGUGCCUGCCCUCCUCCCCUCAAUGCGGUAGACACUUUCCAAAACUUACGUCAUCCUCACUCUCACUCCAGUGGGAUAAUGGGAGGCUUGGUGUACCUCAUUCCCAAGAUGAGGGAACAGGCUCUGAGAGGACCACAUCGCCAGCAAGUGACAGGCUGGGACCAAGGCCAGGCCUGUCUGCCUCCUAGACUAGGCCUGAGUGAGGACCGGCCUGAGUACGGCCCACUUGCUUCCUCCUCCGUUUAGAGCUUGGGCUGGAGCUGUCCUGGCCAGUGCUCUCUGCCUCACCAGGCUGCAUGAGCCACAAGCUGCCACUUGUGGAGCUCGGUGGCCCUGCCCUCGACAGCCUUGCUGGUGGUCAUGAAGGCUCUAAACACCUGCAUGGCAGUGAGGCCAACCUUCUCCACUUGAUCCGUUUCAGGCUCUGGCUCCGCUACUGCAUCGUGUGCUUCUGUCCAAGAGGCAGAGAGACUGAAACUAUCUGCUGCCGCCUGGAUUCUCCCAGAGAUUGCCUGGAACACCAGCUCGGGUCCUCACACACCAUCCUGCGGGUGCAGCCCAGAACUGUCUUCUGAGGAAGAGGUGCUCUCCUGGGCCCCUACUGUCCCCAGGCCUCAGCAAGGCAAGUGAGGUGCUGCCGUCAUCCAGGCUGGACAGUUCAGUGAUUUGCCUGAGGCCCCACAGCAGAGUUCAACUGGAGACAGAGAAACCAGCUAGAGGCAGAGGGAGGUAACACGGAGUCCCCCAGAAAGGUCUGGGCUGCGCGUGCUUCAGCUAUUUCCACCAAAUCCUCCUGUCUUUUGUGGCCAACACCCCAGGCAAGGCUUGGGGCCCCUGUCUGCUGCUGGACGCAGAGCCAUGAAGAAGAAGUUAGUGGUGCUGGGCCUGCUGGCCGUGGUCCUGGUGCUGGUCAUUGUCGGCCUCUGUCUCUGGCUGCCCUCAGCCUCCAAGGAACCUGACAACCAUGUGUACACCAGGGCUGCCGUGGCCGCGGAUGCCAAGCAGUGCUCGGAGAUUGGGAGGGACGCACUGCGGGACGGUGGCUCUGCGGUGGAUGCAGCCAUUGCAGCCCUGUUGUGUGUGGGGCUCAUGAAUGCCCACAGCAUGGGCAUCGGGGGUGGCCUCUUCCUCACCAUCUACAACAGCACCACACGAAAAGCUGAGGUCAUCAACGCCCGCGAGGUGGCCCCCAGGCUGGCCUUUGCCAGCAUGUUCAACAGCUCGGAGCAGUCCCAGAAGGGGGGGCUGUCAGUGGCAGUGCCUGGGGAGAUCCGAGGCUAUGAGCUGGCACAUCAGCGGCAUGGGCGGCUGCCCUGGGCUCGCCUCUUCCAGCCCAGCAUCCAGCUGGCCCGCCAGGGCUUCCCUGUGGGCAAGGGCUUGGCGGCAGCCCUGGAAAACAAGCGGACCGUCAUCGAGCAGCAGCCUGUCUUGUGUGAGGUGUUCUGCCGGGAUAGAAAGGUGCUUCGGGAGGGGGAGAGACUGACCCUGCCGCGGCUGGCUGACACCUACGAGACGCUGGCCAUCGAGGGUGCCCAGGCCUUCUACAACGGCAGCCUCACGGCCCAGAUUGUGAAGGACAUCCAGGCGGCCGGGGGCAUUGUGACAGCUGAGGACCUGAACAACUACCGUGCUGAGCUGAUCGAGCACCCGCUGAACAUCAGCCUGGGAGACGCAGUGCUGUACAUGCCCAGUGCGCCGCUCAGCGGGCCCGUGCUGGCCCUCAUCCUCAACAUCCUCAAAGGGUACAACUUCUCCCGGGAGAGCGUGGAGACCCCCGAGCAGAAGGGCCUGACGUACCACCACAUUGUAGAGGCUUUCCGGUUUGCCUACGCCAAGAGGACCCUGCUUGGGGACCCCAAGUUUGUGGAUGUGACUGAGGUGGUCCGCAACAUGACCUCCGAGUUCUUCGCUGCCCAGCUCCGGGCCCAGAUCUCUGACGACACCACUCACCCGAUCUCCUACUACAAGCCCGAGUUCUACACGCCGGAUGACGGGGGCACUGCUCACCUGUCUGUCGUCGCAGAGGACGGCAGUGCUGUGUCUGCCACCAGCACCAUCAACCUCUACUUUGGCUCCAAGGUCCGCUCCCCGGUCAGCGGGAUCCUGUUCAAUAAUGAAAUGGACGACUUCAGCUCUCCCAGCAUCACCAACGAGUUUGGGGUACCCCCCUCACCUGCCAAUUUCAUCCAGCCAGGGAAGCAGCCGCUCUCGUCCAUGUGCCCGACGAUCAUGGUGGGCCAGGAUGGCCAGGUCCGGAUGGUGGUGGGAGCUGCUGGGGGCACGCAGAUCACCACGGCCACUGCACUGGUAUGUGUCACACCUUUUCUCCCUGGCCGUGCCCACCCUGCACAGCCCCCAAGCCAUGCUGAUCACACUCCCAUGCCCCAGGCCAUCAUCUACAACCUCUGGUUCGGCUACGACGUGAAGCGGGCCGUGGAGGAGCCCCGGCUGCACAACCAGCUUCUGCCCAACGUCACGACAGUGGAGAGAAACAUUGACCAGGCAGUGACUGCAGCCCUGGAGACCCGGCAUCAUCACACCCAGAUCGCGUCCACCUUCAUCGCUGUGGUGCAAGCCAUCGUCCGCACGGCUGGUGGCUGGGCAGCUGCCUCGGACUCCAGGAAAGGCGGGGAACCUGCUGGCUACUGAUUGCUCCAGGCGGACAAGGCUGACAAGCAAUCCAGGGACAAAAUACUCACCAGGACCAGGAAGAGGACUUUGGGGGACGGGCUUCUCCUGUGAGCAGCAGAGCAGCACAAUAAAUGAGGCCACUGUGCCAGGCUCCAGGUGGCCUCCCUGGCCUGUCUCCCCAC